AUGGAGUCUAUCGAUGUGGAUGCUGCCGACAUCAAGGCUCUGUACAGAAGAUGUCAAGCGCUCGAGAAGCUUGACAAACUAGACAUGGCCAUCAAGGAUGUCCAGAGAUUUUCAACCUUAGAGCCGAAAAACAAGACCUUCCUCGAGACCCUCAGAAGACUCGGAGCUGAGAUCCAACAGAAGCUGAAAACAACCUUCUCAACAGACUCCAGAGUACAGAACAUGUUUGACAUUCUGUUUUCAGAUGAAUCCGAUAAGGAAAAGCAAGAAAAGGCUGCCAACAACCUGAUUGUCCUGGCCAGAGAGGACGCGGGUACAGAGAGAAUAUUCCAGAAUAUGCCUUUACUCGUGCAACUCAUUGACACAGGAAAACCUGAGAUGAUCCUGGCUGCCAUCCGAACCCUGUCAGGAAUGUGCACAGGCCACAGAGCAAGGGCAACUGCCAUCAUCCACACGGUGGGAAUUAGCAAGCUGUGCAGCAUCAUGGCCGUAGAUAAUGAAGAGAUCGCUCUGGCCACUGCAAACCUGUUCCAGUGUGUCUAUGACUCCCUUUCUGGAGGAGACAAGAGAAAUUACGGCAAAGAAGAGGCCCUUGUACUCGACUCCAGUAAGGACUUGAAGGAUAUUCUGCUUGCCUUGUUGGAAAUGAUCGCAAGCAAGAAGGUGUCUGGACACGGCCGAGACCAGGCUCUGAACCUCCUGACCAAGAAUGUGCCAAGAAAAGACAAGAAAAACACAGAUAGCUCCAAAGGCCUUUUCACCAUUGACCAUGGUCUGAAGAAGAUUCUGAAGGUCUGCGGUCAGGUUCCAGACCUUCCGGAUCAGUUGCCGUUGACAGAAAACACACAGCUGAUUGCUAGUGUUCUCCUCAACAAGCUCUACGAUGACAUGCGCUGUGACUCUGAGAGAGAUAACUUCAGAGAUAUCUGUGAUGAAUACUUUAAGAGCAAGUUUGACCCCAACGACAUGGACAGAAACAUCCAUGCUAUCAAUACUAUGUCAGGCAUUCUUCAGGGGUCUUUCGAUGUGGGCAACGUCCUUGCGGGUCGUCAGGGCGUUAUGGAGAUGUUGGUGGCCCUGUGUGGAUCCGAGCGUGAAGUGGACCAGUUGGUAGCAGUGGAGGCCCUCAUUCAUGCGUCCACCAAAACCAGCAAAGCCGCCUCCUUCAUCAGCAAUGGAGUAACACUGCUGAAGGACAUGUACAAGAAAACUAAAAAUGAGAAGAUCAAGAUCAGAGCCCUUGUGGGUCUGUGUAAACUGGGAUCCGCUGGAGGAGAUGAUUACAGCAUGAGCCAAUUUUAAGAGGGCUCCACUGAGAAACUGGCCAAGCAGUGCAGAAAGUGGCUCUGCAACCCUACACUUGAUGUGCGUACAAGGAAAUGGGCCGUUGAAGGUUUGGCUUACCUUACGAAUGAUGCUGAUGUAAAAGAUGACUUUGUUGAGGAUGAAGCAGCCAUGAGAGCCAUGUUUGAACUUGCCAAGUCAAAAGAUAAGACCAUCCUAUAUGCUGUCGCCUGCACCCUGGUCAAUUGCACCAACAGCUAUGACAAGAAAGAGAUCAUCCCUGAGAUGGUGCAGCUGGCCAAGUUCUCCAAACAACACGUCCCUGAGCAGCACCCGAAGGAUAAGAAGGACUUCAUUGAAAGGCGAGUAAAGAGGCUAUUGAAAGCUGGAGUCACAUCAGCUCUCGCUGUCAUGAUCAAAGCAGAUAAUUCUAUCCUGACUGAUCAGACCAAAGAGAUGCUAGCAAGAGUGUUUCUUGCCUUGGCACAAAAUAUUAAAGAUCGUGGCACAAUUGUAGCUCAAGGUGGAGGAAAGGCUUUGCUACCAUUAGCCCUGGAGGGAACUGACAAAGGAAAAAUAAAGGCCAGCCAUGCUCUGGCAAAGAUAGCAGCCGUCUCCAACCUUGAAAUCGCCUUCUCUGGCGAGAGAAUAUAUGAAGUUGAUUCAUGACUGGUCAUACAUUUUCAAUUGGAGACAGAUCUGGACUGCAGGUAGGCCAGUCUAACACAUUCACUCUGUCGCUACGAAACCACGCUGCUGUAGCACAUGCAGAAUAAGAGCUGGCAUUGUCUUGAUCUAAUAACCAUAGACUUACCAUGAA